CCAUAAUGCGCAUUACCCGUGGUAACGUUGAAGAGUUCUGAACGACAAUUCCACAGUACGUUGAAGCAGGAUUUUGUGAAACUGGCCGGGCACGCGGUCAGCUAUACAGUCUAUUAUCUCGCCUAAGAGCGGGAUGAAAUAAUUAGAGAUUAUUCAAUCAAGACUAAGAGUCUAACUUCAGACGUCCGUACUCAGUCCUCAGUGUAGGCUAGUCGGUCGCUGAUAGUUGCCGAGACGGCGAGGCUUUGAACAUCCAAGAAGCAACACGGCCUACCACGACCAAACGAUCGGUUAAUAAUACCGAGCUCAAAACUAAACCAAAGAACGUAAAUGGCAUACAAAUUACAACACUCUUUAGUACGGUGCACUGGAUGAUCAUCAGUUGGAUUGGAGCCUCAAGUUACUGUAUUACUGGAUUGAAGAAGAUUGCUCACACUAGGAGUUUAUGGCAUAUACGAGGUCUGGUAGAUCUAUUCAAUAUCUUUGUUUAAUAGAAGACGUAUCACCAAGUCAACAUACAGCGUAAAUAUCAACUGUCAAUAUUUGGAGUGUUGUGCUUACUAGGAGUAACGACAGAAGUUUGAACUAUAUUUUUGACAAUAAGCUAAUUGCAAUGGCUAUGACUAUGUGUAUGGAGAAUUGUACGGAUGCAGGAAUGCUGUAUGAAAUUGUCUCAGAAGAAAUUUGGACCCCAUGGAAUGCAGCUAUAGAGUACUUUGAGUAUCAACCAUGGUUCUUCUCUCUUCUCGGAAGUAUCAUGGUGGGCCUGUCUGGAGUUCUUCCCUUGUUGGUUAUUCCUAUCGAGGAAGGUGCCAAUUUGAAGAAUGGAGCACAAGAAUUCAGCCUCCAAUCUCGAGUUAUCUUGCUGGGAGCGUCAGCAAAUCAGAACGUGAUAAAAACAUACAUUCGGUAGACACACAACAAGCGCCGGUACGCUAAAGAUGCUACUGAGUUUUGCAGUAGGCGGCCUACUUGGCGAUGUCUUCCUGCAUCUUCUACCAGAAGCAUGGGCAAAUAAAAACCUUAAUAAAGCUUAUGACGGACACCGUUCUGUGGUUUGCGGACUCUGGGUACUAGCAGGCUUCCUUGUCUUCAUCGUGGCGGAGAAGAUGUUUGCGGGGGAGGAGGAGGAGGAUGACGAAGAGGAAGAAGAAGAAGAACAGAAGAAAGAAGAGUUUUCGAAUAAUAAUUCCCACACGGAACUGGAGAACAACAAUUGUCUGAAGCUAGACGGUGCCAAGAAAGACUUCAUGAAGAAUGGGAUGAAAUCCAAUGGUUUUGCAAGAAAUAUCGUUCAUCCAUUAUCUGAUGUGAAGAAUCUAAAGAAUGGAUACAUCAAGGACGCCAGUGUAUUCAAUGCCACUAAGAGGAAUGGAUUUGUGAAGGGCAAUGCUAACGGAUAUCUGAUAGCGCAAGAGAUUGAUGGAUAUUUAAAAAAUACUGGACAGUCUAACGGUAUCAUUAAGAAUGUUAAUGCCAAUGGAUUAUGUGCAUACCAGUCGACUUUGAGUAGUACUGUGGGAAGUGAUAACAUCACAGAAAUUCGGAAGCAGAAACCUAAACGCAUUAUCGGUUACUUGAACCUCAUGGCCAACUGUAUCGAUAACUUCACUCAUGGAUUAGCUGUAGGCGGAUCAUUCCUGGUGUCAUUCAGGCUUGGCGCUCUCACAACACUCGCUAUUUUGGUGCACGAAAUACCACACGAGGUUGGCGAUUUUGCCAUUUUGCUAAAAAGUGGCUUCAACAGGUGGGACGCUGCCAAAGCUCAAAUAAUGACCGCUGGCGGUGGAAUUUUUGGCGCCCUCGUUGCUGUUUUGUGCUCUGGAGGUGGUGUUGAGGCCAGAACCAGUUGGAUAUUACCAUUUACCGCUGGUGGAUUUUUGCACAUCGGUCUAGUAACAGUUCUACCAGAAUUACUCAAAGAAACAAAUCCAAAGGAAUCAUUGAAACAAUUUGGAUCCCUACUUCUAGGAAUAACACUGAUGGCUAUGCUGACUAUUCUUUGCGACUAAGAAAUGCUAGUUUUUCCCUUUUUCUUUUUAAAUAGUGUUUAAAUUUCAUAAAUAAUGGUCAAUGCUCGGAGAGCGAUUGAAUUGCAGAUUUAUCAAAAGAUAAUAACGGUUAAUGUUGACUGAACGAACUUCAACGGUUCGUAGUGUGUAAUGAUUGGCGUUAGAACAUAACGGAAAACUAAAUUAUUUUUUUUGCGUUAAAAAUGUCCCCCGCCCCUAUGUGACCUGUUAACUUUAAUCAGUGUGUUUUCCUUUCUACAAGUACUAUCAAUAAUUGACUUCAAUAUUGUCAAAUUUCAUGGUGUUAUCAGUUGUGUACCAAUGUUCUACUUAAAUAUUGUUUUUUUGCGUAAAGCAUUCUGUUUGUAUUGUGGACAAUGACGUUAGCACGAGUCCAUAAAUGUAAAAAGGAAGAUGGUAUUUUUUCCCGGUAUAAUUUGAGGGACAGAUAAUUGUUACAUUCUUUGAAUAGUUUAUACAUAUAUAUAAAAAUAUAAAUACGUUUUCCAUACUGUAAGAUGACUUAGUGCUCAAUCAAACCCCAGCGUAAGAAUUCACGUUUUCCUUGUAUCGAGUUAAUGACCACUUUAAAAAAACGCAGGAUAGAAAACGAAUCCCGCGUAGUAUCAGUAUUGCCAUACGAGAGUGAUAUUUUAACGUACACAAAGAAUAUGAUUCCGUUAUAUUAAAAAAGUUUGUAAUAAAUAAGGUUUAAAGUUGACUGCGCAUGAGUAGCUAGUGAUUCUUCAGUUGACAUAAGACAAUUCGACGUAAAAACACCUAUGUAAAGUAUAUUUUUUAUGUUGCUAAUAAGCAAUUGCCGGAUUAACAAUUAGAAGUGGACGCUGCAGCCGACAUAUUUUGAAAAAAUUAUUGCUAAAUCCCAAAAAGAAAGUCCGACUGUUUAGUACGAUAUACAAAGGCACUGUCUAGAUGGUAGUGAUAAUAUUUUGAAAAUCAUUUGUGAAUUGAAAAUAGUAAUUAAAAACUUGAUAUCCUGUGCGUAUCUGAAAGAUAAUUGUGAUAUUAAUGAUUCAACAAUGAUGUAGCAGAUGAUUCUUCGAUUAUCCCUCUCCUCUUUGUGCUGCAAUUCAGUUCGUGCGCACUGUACGAUUAACAGUUGAAUACAAUUUGUACUUAAAAGGCAGUAAGAAAUACAGUUGUUCUUGAAAUUAUGUAGCGCGCGAGUGCCUUUUACAUAGCUAUGUGUAAAUAAGGAUUCGAUCAUUUUGGGAAGCUGACUAUGGAACCAGCGAGUUUUUUGAGCACCUUUUGUAUGGAUCGUGACUACUAUCGAAUUGAUCACGUGUAACCGCCAUAUUUUAUAAAUAAAGUAAACUACCUUAUCAUAAGUA